AUGAAUGGUUAUCGAGAUGGUGGGGGAGGGGGGGGCGUAAGCGUGAAGGCAGCACAAGAAACGAUAUUGUCACAGCGUUCCUGUCGUGUUUACUUAAGCUGGGUUAUAACAGCUAUAUAAAGAGAAGAAUCGAUGACAAAUUAAUUUUUGCAUAAUUAUACCAUUCUGUGAUGUAAAAUAUAGUAAUAUGCACAUUUUUAAAUUAUUAAAUAUAUUUGUAUAGUCAUUCAAUUAUAGUUAUAUAGUCUUACACGCGACAGCGCGAGAUUCACGCAUAACACGCGUAUUGUCCCGCGUUCUCAGCAAGCGUGUCCAGGACUCCAGGUUGUGAAAAGGCGGGAAAAUUGAAAUUCCACUGACUGGCAAAACAAAAAACAUUCACAUUUUCAAAAUAUUUCAAUAUUUCAUUCAAUAACACUUACAUCUUUCAACUUCUUUGUAAAAAGGUAUGUUUAAGUUUGUUUUUAUAGUCUAUUAAUUAAACAAGACUUAGACUUUUACUAUAUAAAACUCUGAAAGUGCUUUGCAUUUUGAAAUUGAAUAAAAUUUGAUAUUUUUCAUUUAUACAUUUGUUUUCAAAAUAACUCAACAAAUAUGUACUUGUAGAAUUACCUUUGGUGCAGAAACUACACAAAUAUUAUAAGCUGUCGUGGUUUGUGUCUGAACUACCUAAAACGUUUUUGGGCGAAGAACCUUUGCGCUAUGAACCUCUUUACGAAAAAUCUCUGCUACAUCGAUGUGCUUUUUAAUAAUCUUUCAAGGCACCUCAAACACAAACCACUCGGCAGUUUACUGUAAAAUACUACCUAAAUACAUAAUACUGAACCUCCACGUUAGAAACACCGUUAAUAUUCUCUCUUUUUAGAGUACGAAUUGUUAAAUAUUUUGUAAGUUUCAUCGAAAACCACGCAAGCUUCACGUCGAGACGAGCAAGUUGUUGAUCCAGAAAUCAGCGACCAAGAAGAGGAGGAGGUAUUUUAUUUUUGGAAAAAUUUUAAAUUUCCAUCAAUGGUUUUUGAAUGGUUUUUAAAGAUUUACCAUGCAUGCUAUCAAUUUAGAAACUGACUCUUACCAUUAUUGGUUAUUAUAGAUUUCUCAUACCGUAAACCUCCGACUAUAAGCCCUGAGCUUAUAUACUUUUGUAAGGGUGGGCUUAUAUAUUGGGGGGGGGGCUUAUAUAAGGGGGGGGUUAUACAUGGACGAUUUUUUGUGUUAGUAAUAAACAAGUCAGAUAUAAACAAGUCAAUGAUCAUAAACAGGAAAAUAAACAUGUAUUAAUAACGCGUUUUGAUUAACAUAGUGAGUUAUAAAGACAAUGACAAUGUUUUUAAAUAUUGUCAUCUGUUCAAAAACAGUUCUCUGCUGGAUAUUAAAAGACAAUGUCAAUGUUGAUCGAGUAACGUAGUGGGCUUAUAUUCGGGGGACUUAUAUUUGGCGAGCUUAUAUUCGGGUGGGCUUAUAGUCGGAGGGGGCUUAUAUUUGGAAUGAGGUGAGUGUUAGUAUAUGUGGUGGGCUUAUAGUCGGGGGGGGGCUUAUAUUCGGGGGGCUUAUAGUCGGACGUUUACGGUAUUGUAAAGUGGUAAAUAUGAUAAUUUUCUUGUGCACAAGAAAAAAUAAAGUACCAUUAGUGCUAUAAAUAUUAAACUUCAUAUGCUUUUUACUAAUUUACGAUAUGGGAAAUCUUUAACCAGUUAAAAGGAAAGUUGAAUUUUUCCAUAUGUAUUGAAUUGUCGUUUACGUGAGUCCGGGACGAUGCUCUCAAUAUUUCAAUUUUUUAUAUAAUUUUUUUAUAUAAUUUUCAUUUCCGAGAAAGUUUGCAAAAAUGUUUCAAUAUUUUGGUUGAAAUGGUAAAAUAUUAAAAAGCUGAAAGGAAUUCAAGCUGGCUCAGCAGUGGUUUACGUUUUGAACCACUUGAUUCUUGAAAAAGUUUGCAAUUUCGAAACGUGAAUGUGAUUUUAAUUUCUCAAGAAGAAUACUUCUCAUGGACAGAAUCUCUCCACGUUUUGUACUUCUAUAAUACGAGUUACACUCAGCUACUUCUUUGCUUUAGGAAUCGUUUUACUUGGAUAGUGAUUUGCUACAAAACCAUGGAAUUGUAAGUUUAGAAUAAUUAUAGCCUGGGUAUAGUCUGGGACGAUAAAACAUUCUUGGUAGUUAGGAUGCUAUAGGAACUAAGUAAACUCCCCCUCCCCGCUCCGGCCGCCAACUUUCGAAAAACUUUUUGAAAGAUAUUGAAACGUGGAGUUUUCUGCGUAGAAACAGCCAUUUCAAAAUCUCAACAUUUUGCGCGAACCCACUUAGAGUUUGUUUAUCUCAGCAACCAAAACAAUGCCCCAGUGCCCAUGCAUCAAUGUGUAUACUUUGAUUUCAGAACGUUGCUGAUAUUAAGAAGUUGAAAACAUCUGGAAUAUAUACCAUAAAGGUAAUUUCCUGAAGGUAUAUAGAGGUGGAGGGGUGUAAGGGAAUAACCAACCCACUUUCCAUCAUACCUUAUUCUUUCUUUCAUAAGGGUGUUCAAAUGACCACAAGAAGAAAGUUGUGUCAGAUAAAAGGAAUAUCUGAGGCAAAAAUGGAGAAAAUUAAAGUAUGUAUUUUCAUGAUAUUACAAACGAUUUGCACCUUGCUAGGUAUGUAUUUUGGGAUUUUUAUUUCUUUCAAAAAAAUGUGACCACUAGUUUAUUUCUUUGUCUUCAUUUAUAGGAGGCUGCUGCAAAAUUGAAUGUACGUAUAAAAAUUAAUUUUUGUUACCGCUUUCUAAUUUUAUCCAGUGCUUUCCUCAGUAAAAUCAUAGAUUAUAGAUCAUACGAUCUAUAAUCUAUGGUAUAAUCGAUCGUAUGAUCUAUAAUCUAUGGUAAAAUCGUCACUGGGUGUUAGACUGAGUAGAAUAUAGAAUUAAGGUAUUCGACGCAGCUGGACAACGACGCGUCUUCAAAAUUACAGAGCGUAUCUGUAAUCUUUAUGCAAUAUGACAAAAAAGCAUAAAUCCUUUCCAUAUAUCUAGAGUGCUGGUUUUGUAACCGUUUUGGAAUAUAGUGAUGCGAGAAAAAUGUGUUUCCGAAUUGCAACUGGUAGUGACAAGAUAUCUAUGGUAGUGACGAGCUGAAGUCACAUCAUCAAAUAUUUGAAAUUUAGAAAUGCCAUAAUUUUUCUAUGGUAUCGAUAAACAUGAAGACAUAUACGUAAUAUAUCAGUAAAUUGCAACAACUAAUUUGCAAUUCAAUCCAGCAAUUUUGACAGUGAAAAAGGGUUUUCACUUUUUACUAUAAAUUACAUUUCGCCUUACGGUGAUUUAAAUAUUACACCUAUAAUUAACAAUUAUUCGCCGAAGGCGAGGUGAUUAUCGGUGAAUAAAAACCGAGACGAAGUCGAGGUUUUUAUUCACGAUAAUCACCGAGCCUGAGGUGAAUAAUUGUUUUAGUAUAAUUUCAUAGGUGAUUAUAUGGAAAAAAAAUAAAAAAAUACACAUUUCUUCGUCAUUUAAUUGACAAAAAGGCUUCGGCCGCCAUUUUGAAAAUCGCUUAGGUGAUUAUCGCGUAAUAAUCACCUCAACGGCAACCAAUCAGCGUGGAGAAUUUUCAAUAAUCACCUAUGUAAUUAUACUAAUGGCCGUUAUAAUAAAUUUCACAUCCUUCUGAAAGUACUUAGCAUCGGCUAUAGAGAAUCGUUUUUCUAAUUGAGAUAUUGACAUUACUGACAGCUGUAAUGAUAUGAUUUCCUAAAUGUGUCGCUUGUGGCAAGGUAAAGCAUUUCAAUUUCGAAAACGAAGCCUCUAUUUAUUUCAACGAGGCCUCUAUUUAUUUUAACGAGGCCUCUAAGUAUUUUUUCAGAAACGUGUGAUGCUGUUAUUUUCUGACACAGCGAAAUGGUCACUUCUGUGCUCUGUAAUUUUUUACAAUAGUUUAUUUCUAUUUAUUGCGAAGAGAUGGCAUAGUUCGCGAGAAAUGCUUUCUUAGUAUUGAUAAUGAAUGAUUUUUGAAUAUUUGUAUAUCCGUAGUGCAGAAUAAAUUGUUGAAGUUUGAGAACAAAUUUGGUAAAAUUUGGUCAAAGUUAUGAAAUCCUUCCCAAUUUUAACAGUUUAUAAUAUUUGGUUAUGUUUGUCCGAAAUUUUUUUUUAGCUUUUCUAAUGUUAGUCCGGAAAAUUUUUUUAUUACCCCCGUGACCUGCCCCCACCCCCUCCCCUGUGACCAAAUGCCUUCGCAGCCCGCAUCCAGGCUUUGCCCGCGCCAGGCUAACACGUGCAGGAGAUUUUAGCAAUGGCGAGGAAAUCGAAAGAGCUUCAAUAAAAGCCAACAUUAAAUUGAGUUUUAGAUCAAAAUGUUCGUUCUAAAACCUUUAUUUUUUCGAUUUUAUCCAAGUAUUACCACUUAUCUUUAAGAAUGGACUUUCUUGUGUUCUUAGCCGUUAAAAAAGGGCUGCAAAUUCCUUCAAAAGAUGCUAUUCUGUGAAGCUUACUGAAUUACAACACGUGGUUGAAGCUUGAAGUGUGAUGGUCUUUUCGCGUCGAUACCAGCGCCGUAACCUGUUCAGAAGCUGCUGAAAAUACUCUGGCGUGUCUGCUUCUAAGGUAUUUGGGCUUGUUCUUGUGUUGAUAUAGUUUAAAUCUUAAUAAUGUAUGAAAGAUAUAUCAUAUGUCUCAAUUUGCUGGGGUUUAUUAAAAGCAAGGUUUUAUAAAUUAUCAACCAACGUAGUUAGUGCCAGUGGUAACAAGCUUUUGUUAGUAAGGAUUCAACUAUCUCAAAAAACAAAGCGAAAUUCAAUCCUUUUUUGGCAACGCCCAGAUUAUGCAUCGGUCAAUUCCAGCUGCGAUUACCUCCCCCCUCCUCCCUCCCCCCUCCUCCCUCCCCAGGACAGUGUGGGGCAUUUGUACGCUUACUUGUCCCCACGGCCAGGCACUUACAGCUGCGUGUUCACCCGGGGGCCGGGCAUUUGUCAAUAUCAGGUUAUUACCCCCGGGCAUCUGUCGCUCACAGAGAAAAGACCACGGCCACGAGUUUCCUUUGUUGUAUGCCAAAAUGGACGACUAAUAAAUAUGUUAAACAAAUUUUAUGUUAUAUUAUUGUUGAAUGUUGGUUUUCAAGUGUGAAUCAAUGUUUAAGAUUUUCCUUCAGUCCAUAUUGGGUCGUUCCAGAAAAGAUCCAUACCCCCCCUACGGAGGAAAUUGAAAAUAACCCCCUCCCCCCCUUCGGACAUCCUUGAAUGGUUCAUCCUCCCCCCCUCUCCGGACAUCAAAGCCCAAAAUUAUCCCCCCUCCCCUUCGGACAUCCACUAUUUCUAAAUUUUUCUAAAGGCUAGCUUGCCGUUUGAAAACGUCACCGAAAAUUCGACUACGUUCACACUACGCGCAAGCGAACUAAUGCGGGUAGAAUUUACGUGUGUUCAGACUAAGCCAUUACAGUUUGUUUACAAAUUGAAUUAGCACUUGUGUAAACCCAAAAUAUUUCAAAUAGACCCAAGAAAUUUAACUGAAAAGCAUUCGAGUUUACACGUUUGUGUUCACACGAAGCUAUCAAGCGCUCCGCCGUUUUCACCUCGCUCCGUUUAGAAACCGUGCUCAAAUUGUUACGGCAAAAGUGACGUGAAAGUUUUCAAACGAUUUCGCUCCAGCGUAGAGUGAAUUAGCGAUGGCUUAUUGUGACUUUUCUACGCUGUUUUCAAAUAGCUCCGGCGUGGCGGAACACUUGGCGGCUUCUUGUGACUUGCGAACACAAACACGUGGCAGGUUUUGUCGGAUAAUUUGCAGAAAUUCACUUCGAAAUUCGUUCAAGUAAAAUUCGGACUGAAAUUCGAUGUAACUUGCGACUGAUUGACAAGCGUUGCUGUGUUUACUUACAUGUUAAUGCAUUUUUUAGUAUUACUGCAUUCCUUAACCUCGCCCUUAAUAUGAAAGCCAUUUCUAUUUUCUAGACACGCACCUCGCAAGGAAGCUUUAUUGACUAUAUACUAAAACAAAUUGUUUUGAGUUCAGUUCACAUAGCAAUCUCUUAAUUCGAGCAGCAGUUUAAUAACUAUUAUUUUUACAGUAACACUUGAAUAAUUCAAACUUAUAUAUACGAAAACUGCAAACUAUAUAAAUAAAGCGUCAAUUUUCGACUCAUUCUCAACAUGCAGGAUACGCUGUUACAGCGAGUUAGUUUUUGGUGGCCAUGCAUGCAAAAGUGGGCCGCUUAUUUUGCUUACAAGUUACGUGGACGUAUAAUUAUUGCUGUUACAUAAACGUUCCGGUGUUCAAGAGUUACAUAUAGCCGAUAAAAAAUUGCGUGCUCAUUAUAAUCGCCGAUCACAUAGCUUUAUCACAGUCUCAAACCUUCAGACAAACAUAUCCACAUCCCUCUCCCCCCCUUCGGACAUCCUAAGACAUUUUUCCUCCCUCCCCCUUCGGACAGCAAAAAUUUCCUCCGUGGGGGGGUAUGGAUCUUUUCUGGAACGACCCAUUAUAUAUAUUGUAUUUACAAUGAAAAACUUUCUGCAAUAAAACAGGGAUUUCAGAAUGAGCCUGCGGCUGGCAGAGUUCCGCCGGCUACUUUUCGUUUGGUCACAGGAAAAAAUUAUAUACAAAGGUACAAGCGAACAAACGCAAUGUUUGUUAUGUUCCAAUUGGAAUUCAAACAAAACAUCACUUAUUUUGGAAGAUCAAUAAGACCAACAUAGCUUGCUUUGUUAAUAAGUUGCUGUCGAAAAAGCGAUAAUAUAAACUUUCUUAAUUGUUUUCUUGUCGCCAUCUUGAAUUUCGUAGCAAAUGGUCAGCGGCUCUGAAUCUUCCUGAACAGGAAGAAGUAAGAUGACUCUGAUUGACUCUGACAGCGACUUAAGCAUUGGGGAAUCAGAAUUUGACAGUGAGCCAGAGAAUGAGUCAGAUUCAGAGCUACUUUGGUAAAUGUUUUUCAAGUGGCUAUAUUCUUUGACAGUGAAUUAAUUAUGAUAAAGUGAUGAAGUAUAACAUAAGUAUUAAACAUCAUUUGAUUAACCCAUUGAGUGGCGAUGCACCCUACUUUAGUAUUUUACUCUGUCUAACACCAGACGAUUUUACUCGUCAAGUGGAGAGCGCUGGCACUUAAUGGGUUAACUGGCCUAUCUGCCCAUGUGUCUAGUUAACCCAUUGAGUGACGAUGCACCCUACUUUAGUAUUUUUUUUUACUCUGUCUAACGCCAGACAAUUUUACUCGUCAAGUGAAAGCGCUGGCGCUUAAUGGGUUAAUGAUUUUGGACUCAAAACACUGUUUAUGCUGCUGUAAAAAUUAAACUACUAGUAGCACAUAAAGUACAUUGUCAUUUACAAGUAUAAAUGCAAAUGUCAUCUAAAUCUAACAUGUUAACUGUUCUACUUUGUCUUUUUACUUAUUCUAUAUUAUUUGAUUGUUUAAUUUGCGGCGAAAAUUUUUUAAAGAGGCUGUCAAGUCCGUUCUGCUCUGCUCUGCUCAUGUUCUCACAUGUUUUGUUUACAUGUUUUGUGAUAAUUUAAUUAAAAUUCCGAUCUGUGGGUCUCCAAGUUAGCUCAUUACGCAUUCAGAAUAUAUCACGAAGGAGAAAUUUAACUACUGAAACAAAAAUUUUGCCCCAAUACAACAAAUUUUAAAUCGAAAAUGCUAAGAAGCACUUCUUACAGAAGUAUGGACAAAAUUUGAUUAAAAUUUGUACACAUUCAGCUCCAAAAUGACAAAUUCAAGAUUGAAAAUGUUAAGAAACAUGUCUUUUUACACCAACAAUUUUGUAACCUCUCGCUGGAUAUAUCCGGCGUGGAGUGCAUGGAAUGCACACUGGUACAGAAUAUAUAGAGAAUAUAUAAAAUAUAAAAAUAUAUACAGAAUAAUAAUAAUAUAACAUAUAUAUUAGAAUAUAUACAGAAUCUAUAUUUCUCGCAUUUAUUCUGUUUGACAAUUUUGUCAUUUUGUUUUUUUUUCAAAUUUUGAAAUUUUUUACGCUCUCUCUCUCUACUUUGGAUAAAAAGGAUUAUACUAGCUUAUAUUCUUGUUUGCAUGAUAUUUCAAUUAUAAGUUGUGAAGUUUUGUGUAAUGAUGUUUUGUAACAGGUCACUAACGUAAUUGGCUCACACUGUGUUAGUGUUCCUGAACCGUCUUCCUGUUUGCAUAUGUUUAUAUUUCUGUUGACGGCUGAAGUUAAUAAAUAAAUUAUCCAUGUGCAUGUCUUCUUCCAUUCCAUGGCUCAAGGCAUGAGAAAGUCUGGCAGCAUGCUGCCAGGAAUUUUUUUAAUCUCACAGGAAAUGUUUAAGAAAAAGCAAGAUAUCAAGAGUAAAGCUUGAGAAAUUUCAAAAGUCAGCAUUAAAGUAACAAACAUCACAAUUAGAGCAUAAAUACAAAAAUCAUGACAUAAAAAUUUGUAUCAUGUGGCAGUGCUACGACUGUCUGUUAUCAUGAUUCAUGAUUAUUAGUCGAAAGUGAUCGUUUUGAUAAGAGAAAGAAAGUUUUGUGAGUUGGGGGCUCUUUAUGAAUUUUUAAAAAAUUUCCUGUGGUACCCUUUUUGUUGCACCCUUUGUCUGCUAUAUAUGUUGUCAGUUGAUAUCUGCAAAUAACUAGAUUAAAAUCUCUCAUUGUUUAGGUGUUUUGUUCCAAGAGAACUUGGAUCAGUGAUCAGUCAUCAAAGUUGA